AAAAUACAACAUCACGUCCUCUUCCAGUCAACUCUGCCAUGAAACCGCAGAAUCCAGAUUAUAAAACCCACACUGUAGGUCUGUGGGGGUUCAGAUCAGCGGCUGCAGACGUCCACCUCCGUGGAUACCGAUCAGUCUCGAUUCAUCUCAGAAACAUCAGUUUCUCUUCCUCAGCCUGACCAGAAACCAGCCGACAUUGCUCCAGGAACAAAGUGCAAUCAGGAUGGCUUCCUGUAUGUGCUCCCUCCUCUUCAUCAUCUUCGUGUUUCUCCCUGCCAGUGCCGUCGAUCCCGCAGCCCUUAAAAUCCGGAUCACCAACCACGCCCUAAACAUGUUGAGAGAUGAAGCCCGGGACAUGUUUCAGGAGCAAGUGGCUGACACAACGUUUGAAGGCUUCCAGUUUUUGAACUGUAAAGUCAGCAAUGUGAGGGUGACCGAUGUCAACGUCAAUCAAGCCCAUCUUCGCUUGGUGGAAAACUACGGCUUCCAGUUCAUGAUUGAGAACUUUGGCUUCACCAUAAACUUUGACAGAACCUUUAAUAUGUGUUUAUUUCAGUUAGAAAGAUCCUUGGCAUUCGUCCUGGCUGGCGUGACCGCCACGAUGGAGGUUGGUCUGACCAGAAACGAACGACAGACGACUGGCAGCUGACAUGAGGACCUGCCAGGCUUCAGCCGACCGAAUGGGAUUUAGUGGCACAGGACUACCCAGGACUCUUGAGGAGAAAGCUCAGAGUAUUCUGGCCUAUUUUGUCUCCAAAAUGUUCUGCCCCGUAUUCAGGAGGCUCGGCCCAUUUUUACUCAACAGGAAGCUGAACACAGUUCCGAUGGUAGCAAAUGUCCUCCCAGAUGCUGGCAUCAGCUUUGACUAUUCCCUAACCAGAGACAUCCGAGUGACCACCACGGCCCUGGACAUGUCUUUUAAAGGCCAGGCGUACAGGCAGCUGCAGCCUCCUCCAGUGGUUGGUGAUGCCGUGGAGCCGGUUUUCACGGAGGACGCCCUGAUGGCUUAUGUGGGCAUCUCUGAGUUUUUCUUCAACUCUGCUGCCAGAUCACUCUACGAAGCAGGAAUGGCUGAGAAAACGUUCAGCAAGAUAAACUCGAGGGCUGCAAAGGCCCUUUUAAGAAUCAAGCAGUUCUUCACACAACCGUGGAACCUGAGAGAAGCCCUUGAAGCUAACGUGGGACUCACCGAGGCGCCCACCAUCAGCAUCACCCAGCAGGAUGGUUUCAUCUUCAACAUGAGAAUAAAAGUGGCGGUCAUUUCCAAAGGAAGCGGAACGCCCACCGUCUUCUCCUUAUCCGCGGUCUGCCCCAUCAGAAUAAUGGUUACUAUUCAGGGAACUCGUCUUACUUUGCCUUCUGGAGAUGUCAGCUGCAGACUUCAAACCAGAGAUGCUUUCAGAAGGUUUUUGGUGGCACCUCUGAACAGUCUGCUGAACAACAAAGCCACAGAGUUCCUGACAGGUUGGUUUGGUGAUGGAGUGGAGAUUCCUUUUCCUGAAGGCAUGAACUUCAUCCAGGGAAACACCCAAUAUCAAAAUGGCUUUGUGGUGGUGGGAGGAGACCUGCGCUUUACUCCAGCUGGGAGGCAGCAGCUGGUGAACAGGCAGAGAGGUCCUGGGAGAUAAACUGCUCAGGCGGUGCCGCGGACAAGAAGCUACUUGCUGUCCGGCUUUCAGAACUACUUUGUUUAGAAAUAAAAACUUUCAGCAUCUCA